AUGGCGUCGUCCUCCAAGCCAAUGAUAGGUGAAGGAGGAGAUGGCCAUCUUGCUGAAAAGAAGGAAGAGGAGAAGAGACGCAUACUUCCAGCCGACAUGCAGAGAGAAAUCCUGUCGAGAACCCCCGCAAGGUCUCUCCUGAGAUUCCGACCGGCGUGCAAGAUCUGGUACGAACUCACGUACGAUCCUGCCUUCAUAGAUUUGCACGUCGAGCGUGCCCAUCUUCGAAAAAUUUCUGGUGGUACCCCGCAUCUCCUCGCCAUAUCUCAACGGAUAGGAGGUGGUCAUUUUGGUUUCUCCAUCAUCAUACUAGACGAAACGAUGACACCUAUAACUAAGAUAUCAUGUCCGGGAUUAAUAGAUGAAAGAUGUUUGAGACUGUACUUUGGAAGGAACAGAUUUGCACGAUCUACUCCACCAUACCGCAUGACACGUCCUUGCAAUGGCUUGGUCUGUGUCUACAAUUAUUUUGGCGAUGCACUCUUAGUCAAUCCAAUGACUGGUGAAGGGCUUCCUCUUCGACAGCAUAGCGAGCCUGUGGAAAGCUAUUAUUGCUUCCAGAAGUGCUAUCUUGGAUUUCAUCCGGUGACCAAGGAAUACAAGCUAGUCCGAUUUCUAGAUUCAGGGAGGGACUCUAUGGCGGAGGUUUUUUAUGAGGUUCUCACACUCGGCACCGGCAUCUGGAGGCGGAGGCGGAUUUACCAUGGUGACAAAAACUUGUCUGCUUGUAGUGAGGACUUCCUUUCUGGUUAUGAGUGGCAUCAAACAAAAAAGAUACUUGGUGAUGGUAUCAGUGCAAAUGGAGUCGUGUAUAUUCUGAAUCAGAUUCACCGAAAAAUUGGAUUGUUCGAUCUGAAAGAAGAGAAGUUUUCAACCGUGAUCCCCUACCAUGAUUCAAUCAGCGUGGAUGAACAUCGACCCAAACUAGUAGAGCUCGAAGGCGGCAUUUGUUUGGUGGUUCGCUCAUCCAUCCCUCAGGAAAUACUGGAUAUAUGGAUGUUAGAGGAUGCUGCCGACCAUGUCCGCUGGAUACAUAGAUGUCGUGUAGCUCUGCAUCAUCAAUUAAUUGGGUCAAAGAUCAUACCCAUCUUGAUCCAUCAGGGCGAGCUUUUGGUAGGGCACAUGAAUCGUGAUUUUUACCAUCUUAGUCGCAUGAAUUGUAAUUUUCACUAUCUUAGUCUUAGGAGCAACACGGAAAGCCCAAGAAAAGUCAACAAUGAGCAGCUCCAGGAUCUGCGUGUUGUGCAUGCUUACGAGGGAAGUCUGGUCUCUUUUGGAGGUAAAUCACUCCGUUCAGAUGAUGAUCAAUUUAAGCAUGCCGCGCUUUAUCGGAGCCCAUAA